UAAGAUUAUGUAAAUGACUGAAAGUUAUUCACUAACAAAAGCCGUAUCACUGUUUAAUCUUUCAGUUUUUUUAUUUAUGCUACGUUUUGUGGUUUCAUGAACUUGAUUUUUUGCCAAAACAAACACUUACUCAUAUCUAUAAAUACGUGAGUGUUUGCCAGUCGGUUGUUAUUAAGCAUCAGUCAUUCAAGUGCGUUAAUAGUGUUUAUCGUGUACACAAUGUCAACACUUCGAUUCAAAUAUUCAUUUAUAGAGUGUUCUUGUUUUAUACCAGUCGAGUGGAUACUUUGUCCGCGGCCUGUGUUAGAAUACACUUUGCAAAAAGAAAUAAGUAAACAAUGUAAAAAGUACAAUACUUCCGAGAACACAAUGGUUUCCAUUUUUGGUGUGGCGGCUAUAUCAGUGGAAUACAAGUCCACUUUAUGGUUCCGAAGAAUCGACGAAACAUGUCAUUUAGUUGACUUGACAAGAUAUUCUCGAAUGAAGAUAGAAUAUUUUGAAGCUCUAGAAGUGGGGACACUGCAGUGAACAAUAACUAACGAA